AUGGUGCGACUUUCCAGGUCUAUAUUUAAAAUUCUGAUCCUCACUUAUAAUAUUGUUAUGACAAGGAUACAAUUCUCGCGAAGUGAAGAUGUUUGUAAAGGAGCUGAAGAAACUUUGAAAAAAUUUGGGGUUACGAUAAAUAAUGCAAAACAUGGGGAUGCUAUACUAAUAAGUAUAAAAAAUUAUUACUGCCCUGCAUGUUCCAGAUAUAUGGACAUUUGGGAAAAUUUGGAAAAGGAAAUUUCAAAUUAUGAAAAGCAUGUUAGUAUGUUUGCUUUCGAUUGUUCAUGUCACUUAUUUGUAUCAUACUGCAGAUUUUUUAAUGUUCGUUAUUUUCCUACCUUUCGGUUAUUAUAUCCAGUAUAUGAUUAUAUGGAGAAAAAUAAAUUUGAGUACAAGUAUAUAACACCAAAAACACAAAUAGCAAAUACAAUUUAUGAAAAUGAUUUGUUACUAGCAUAUACAGAAGUUGAUAGAGUAAAUAACGUGGAACAAUUUCAAAGAAUGAUACAAACUUAUUUAUGUAAAAAUGUUAAUUUUAACCAUAUUGAUUUGAAGUCUUGUUAUGUAGACUUACCUACAGUAGAAUAUAAUCCUGAAUAUAAUAUUUUUAUAUAUACUAUUAAUCCUUCCAUGGAUGAAGGAGGAAUCGUUGCUAGAUCUAACCAAUAUGCAGUUCAGAGAUGGGCACAAAACAAUAUUAGUAACGAUGACAUAAAGCAUGAUAUUAUAAAGGGAAUAUUGUUUACUUUAAAGAAGCACAUAUCUUUAGGGUUAGAUGUUGAUAGGUCAACUGUUGAACCUUUUCUUGUUAUUAUUCAGAUUGUUUCAGAUAUGUACCCAGAACUAUCCGAAUGGUCAGAGAGAAUUUAUCAAAAGGUCAAUUCGCAGGUCUAUCCCUUAACAUAUCAACAGUGGUCAAGCAUUGUAAACACUGCUAACGAUGACUGUGCUAGCGAGACUAAUCCCAGUGUUAGAGCUCUCCUCGUGAGAGAUAAGAAUGAUCUGGAAAAUGGAAACCCGCAUGAAGAGCCACAAGAACAAGAACAACCACCAAGGGAACAUACUAACGAAUGCAAACCGUGGGAGAAUCCCCAAUUCAAAGUGUGCGAAGAGAACUCCAUUCUGUGCUCCUAUUGGUUACUAUAUCACAAGAUAUCAGUGCACUGCCUUGUUCAUGACAAAGAAAGAUAUAAUUUUUACCUGAAGGCCAUAACGAAUUACACGAAAAAUUACUUAAACUGCGAAAAUUGCAUCGAACAUUUUGUAAAUGCACAAAAAUCAUGUUACUAUGGCUUUUGCAACAUCCAUUCAGCAGAAUCGUUUGUUAUUUUUCUAUGGAGAAUACACAAUUCUGUUACCCUGAGGUCCAUGUAUGAAUCGAUAGUUCAGGAAGCUCAAAUUCAAGAAGUUCAAUCUGGAAAGGAAGCAGAUAAUAAAGUAGAAAUCGAAAUGAAAAAAAAAUUCCUUAAUAAAGAUAUUGUCUUCCCACCUGAGGCAAAUUGUAAAAAUUGCAGAAUGGGUGGUAUUGGUUUUACAAAAAUUACAUCACCUAUUAUUAACAAUAUGAUAAAAGAAAAAUUUAUUAGCGAUCGAGUUUUUGAUGCAAUUGAUGGGUUUAGUGUUAAAAAUGUUUUGAAUUAUCUGAUUAGGAUGUAUUCCUAG